AUGCGGUCGAGUCGUCCUGCCAGAUGCUGGAAUAGCCUCCGUGCUCCCCAGCUGCGCUUUUACUCCAAUGUGCGGGAGCAGCAACCGCCGCCGUGGCGGCCCGUCUCCGCUUUGGAUGAAUGGGUUGAACGUCAAGCCCGACCUAUUAGUCUGCGCCAGUUGACUUUUUUCGGUCGUACCUUGACCGAACCUCGACUCAUUAGCUCGGCAAAUUACGUGCGGACCGAGCUACCUACUCGUCUUGCACAUCGUCUACGAGAUAUCCAGCAACUGCCCUACGUGGUCGUCGCCAACCCGCACCUAUCCCUCGUCUACGAGCUAUAUUAUAAGGCAUUUGAACGGUUCCGAGUGAUCCCCGAGAUCUGCAGCCUUGACGAUAAUGACCGGUUCUGUGAUGUCCUUCGAGAGAUGCUGAGAGAGCACCUAGUGGUGAUCCCCAACCUGGCAAUGGGGGUGCUAGAGUGCCGUGAUCUCGUGGCGCCGAACGAGAUGGACAAGUUUAUGAACACCCUCCUGCGAGCGAGAAUCUCUCGGCGUGUCAUUGCAGAGCAACACCUCGCCCUCACCGAGACUUUCAACUCGCCAUGGCAUUUCCCAGACUCCCAUGAACGAACUGAUAUGAAUGCAGACUUUGUCGGUGAAGUCUUCCUCAAAUGCAAGGCCAAACAGGUCGUGGAAAGAUGCGGACGAGUUGCACAGGACCUCAUGCGCCAGACCUCGCAAACCGCGCAGCUUCCCGAGAUCAAGGUCCAGGGUCAUCUGGAUGCCACCUUCCCGUACAUCCUGAGUCAUCUGGAGUACAUUGUUGGGGAAUUGCUGCGCAACUCGGUACAGGCCGUGGUCGAGAAAUAUCACGACUCGUCGCAACCACCACCGCCCAUCGAAGUGUUGAUUUGCGAAACGCCGCAACACGUGAUUAUGCGCAUCUCCGAUCAGGGCGGCGGGAUCCCGCGGGAGAUCCUCCCGUAUCUGUGGUCCUUCAGCAAGGGACCGCGCACGCAGUCUCGGCUAGAGAAUCUGGGUCAAGUCCCCGCCAUGGCUGCAACCAUGCAGGAGCUGAAAGUGUCGGAACGCAAGUAUGAUCGUGAGGCCUGGUACGAAGGGUCACUCGACUCGCUAACGUCGCGACCACCGAAUCUGCGACUGGGCAUGGGACUGCCGAUGAGCCGGGUGUAUGCCGAGUACUGGGCAGGCAGUCUGGAGCUGCACAGUCUAGAAGGGUAUGGGGUAGAUGCCUUUCUGCAGAUCUGCAAGUUGGGGAACAAGAACGAGCAGGUAACGACACGGGCGGCCAUCGACGCGGUGUGA